AUGGAUACCCUUACCAGUCUCUUGUCCCAAUCCAGUCUGCCUCAUAGCUGGGAAGGUGAUGUCCGCAAUCCACUUUUUACAUUCUCAUUGUCAGGAGAAACCUAUGGAUUCUACCUCAAUAAUUUCUUGCAAAACAUUGAGGGUCUGCUUUUCCUGAUAGCCACUGCCCUGGUCGCAGCUACUGUUGCCUGUGUGCUGUAUCAAACAGUGAUUGUUCCCAAACAGCAUGACACCAGUAUGGCAUACCUAUUGGGAUAUGGCGUCAUUAUCCCCUUUUGGAUUCUAUCCCCCAUGUAUGUCAUCCAGACGCUGCACGUUACCAACACGGUGUUCCGUUUUUGCAUGGGGACCGUGCCGAUAUUGAGCAUGUUUCGGACCAUGGAGGUGAUUCAUGGGUUCUGCCCCGAUCAUCUCACGACAUCCAUGGGUACGUUUGCCCUCUACUAUUCGUCUCCGUUUCUUGCCCUCUACGACCACAAGAAGCAACAAUUUGUAAAGGUAACCUCCGCGGCGGUCCUCCAGAGGCUGAUUUGGUCCAUGCAAGGGAUGAUACUAACGGGGGCAGUUCAUUCGCUGUAUCAGUUGUUCCCUGAAACAUUUCCCCAGUUCGGGACUGGCAACAACUUUGACAAGCAGGCAUGGUAUGGUUGGCAGGAGAUCUUUCUGUGGCAAAGAUUGUGGGAAAACUUGUGUUUUGCAGGGUUCUUGUCAAUCUCCUGCGCCUUUGGACUACAGGUCUUUGUCAUGCUGUUCACUGGACUUCAGAUAGAAGAGAUGUGGGUCGACCCGUUGACCAAGUCCGUUUCUUUUUCCGAGUUCUUUGCACGCCGAUGGAACCUUUCAGUGCACACAGCCUUGAAACGUGGUGUCUUCCAACCUAUCCGCCGAUUGUUUCCAAAAUAUGUAGCAUUGGUGUGGACCUUCUUGGCAUCUGGUCUAUUUCACGAAUGGACAGUCUGGUUGACCUUUGCGCCUGUGUUUGAAUCAGCCUCUGACGCAGCACACAAAGACCAAUGUCCCAAUACAAGCUGUUUCCAACCUACGUAA